AUGACUGUGGAGGAUCUGCGGGCUUCGGGCACCCCUUUCUCGCUAUCCUUUUCAGGCAGUGGCUUUCUUGCCCUGUACCAGGUUGGGGUGGUGCAGUCCCUCCUGGAGCUGGCUCCCAAGCUGCUCAAAUCCGCCUGCAAGGUCUAUGGCUCAUCCGCCGGCUCACUCAUCGCUGCCGCCGUUGUGUGUGGCAUCAGCCUCGAUGACCUAAAGGAAUUUUUCUUUGCAACUGCCAAGGAAGCCAGGAAAACCAUCCUGGGCCCUCUCUCUCCCAAGUGCAGCUUGCUGGCAAAUAUCAGGGCUGUUUUGCAGCGGAGGCUGCCAGAGGACUCCUACCAGGUGGCUUCGGGGCGGCUGCACAUCUCACUCACGCGGGUAGUGGACGGCCAAAACGUCAUGGUCUCUGAGUUCAGCUCGAAGGAGGAGCUCAUUCAGGCUCUCAUCUGCAGCUGCUUUCUUCCUAUCUACUGUGGGUUCAUCCCUCCAUCCUACCGAGGUGUGCGAUACGUUGAUGGAGGAUUCACAGGUCUGCAGCCUGUCUCCAGCUUGGAGGAAGCCGUGAUCACUGUGUCCCCAUUCACGGGAGAGCUCGAUAUCUGUCCACGGGACUGUCCCGCCAUCUUCUACUGUUUCCAGAUCUUUAAUGGCAGCAUUCAGAUCUCGGUAGAAAACCUGUGCAGGAUCAGCUAUGCCCUCUUUCCGCCUAGCACCAUGAUCUUGAACGACAUUUUUUCCCAAGGGUACCAGGACACUGCCCUUUUCCUGUGCAGGAACAAUGCCUUUGGCUUUAACUACGUUGACGGCAAUUUCCGCUUUGCCAGCAUGUGUGGGAAGAGCGACUUUCCGCAGCCCAACGGGAUGUUGAAUAGCCUGGGCAAAUGGGUGCCACAGUACCUGGUGCCACACUUCCUUCCAGGCCUGGCUCGGUGGAAGAAGCAGGAGAUGUUCAGACUGCAGGAUCCACUGUCAAAGGUCCUGUUGCAGCCAUACAAGCUGCCGGCUUUCGUCAAGAAGGGGCUGAAGCAGCAGCUGUGGAAGCUGCUGGAAGACAUCGUCUCCCUGGCAAAACAGUUCCAGAAGCUCCUCCAAACUGUGGUGCCUGGCUUGCCUAAGAGAGCCAUGGCCAGGGGGUGA